UGAAUCCAAUUAUCUUGGACUAUCUUAUUGUAACAGGUGCAUAAAAUCCCUGGUCAAAAUGCAGAGUUUUUGCUUGGCUGUAAUGGUUUUGACGUUUUCUCAAUUCUGUCAUACUCUGGAGGAAGGUGGGUUGCAACAGGACAAAUUACAGAGUCUAGAUAUGGGUCGUCGGUCAUCGGGCCACGCCAAAAUCAACAAGGAUUUCCAAACUGUUGUGGGGGAGUUUAACAAAAAGGACGAUUGUUGGGAAUCGGGACCAGACAAUGUGGACAUUUCUGUCAGUGAUGAACACCAAUCAGUUGGCAUCAGAUUCAUAAUUAGAUAUCUUCUCCACAAAAAUCCGUUCGAUGAAUAUGCCAUAAAGUCACUGUAUCGUCAAUGCGAUCAAAGACAAAGCUUUGCUACACCAGGACUUCAAAGCUCAUGUCCAUCAGAACUAUCUUUUCCCACAAAGGUUAAAUUUUUGGGAAAGAGAUGUUACGUCGUUCAACCCGAAAAGCAGUGUGUGAUGUAUGCCAAAUGUUCUGAAAAAUCACCGUGUGUCAAUAGCUCUGAAACUGGAUCUGAAUCUGAAAUGAGUAAAUGUCUACAAGACAACUUCCGGACAUUUCACGUUUGGGUCUACUGUGAAAGGUUUGGAUUUAGACUGAUACAACUUAAUCUUCCACAGUGCUGUUCCUGCAACAAGUUUUCUCCCUGUGUUGUUUCAACAACUAAUCUUACGACUCCAACUACAGCCACAUCGACCACAUCGCCCACAUUCCCAACGGUAACAUAUAUUUCAUACGCUUUUUGUUUUGUUUUUUUAACGGGCAUCAUUUUUAUCUGCUAA